UCGAGCAACAUCUUAUCUUUUCCUCUUAUCUUAUCUAUUUAAAUUAAAUUAAGUUAUCUUUUUAACUGCCUUUAUCAACAUCUUUCUUUGAAACACCAAUAAAUCUAAUUUUCUUAUCUACUUUCAUUAUCGUUUGAAUCAAAGAAAACCUCUUAUCUCAUUGCGUUUAUCUCAAUAUAAACAAUCCAGCAUGGCUACACAAGCAAAACAAACUCUGGUUGAACGUUGGGAGACCAACAAACAAAGCACCAUAAAGUUCAUACAUGAAGCCAUUGGAUCGACACCCAAAUAUGUUGAACUAAAAGCAACACAUAAAGAGAACGACAUCAGGAAGGUUAUUGUCCUCAUCUGUGAAAAUCUAAGAAAAAACAAAAUCCCAGAAGAUUGGAGUGUUGACACAAUCAACCAAGCAAGUGCAAUUACACGUUUCUUUGCUGAUAUUAUCAAAGCCCAAAAAGAGAAAACGAGUAUUCUGACCAAAGGAAAAAAUAACAACGACAAACAAGCUUCCAACAACACUCAAGGUGACAAUGACAAGGACAGAAGUCCUAUCAACAACAACUUAGCCUCUACAAGCAAACAAGUAGAACAUAAUGUCACUAAUCCUACCAUGCCAACAACAGCUGACACCAAUAACAAUGGGUCUAACAAGAAUGACCACGUGGUCGCUAAUGAUGGAUUAGACAACAACGCCAAAAAGAGAAAGACUUCUCCUAAUGAUGAAAAUGAUAACAUAAUAAUAGACGAUAGCAAACUCAAUGAAAUCAUUGACCUGGACAACAUCAAUCCCACUAAACGUCAAAGAAACAUCAGCAAAAAUUAUAUGAGAGAUGAAGACGAGUUACAACCAGGAUGGCAUAAAAUUAACAACAUGGAAACCAAACCUGUAGUAAUUGCUAAACCUGAUGGUAACAACUACAAAGACUCGGCUUCACUCAAACACUGUAUAAGCAACACUUUAGAAGAUGAAGAUAAGGACUACGGAGAAAUUGAACAAGUUACCAAGUCUCAAAAGAUAAAGCCUAAUAAAACGAAAGCUCCACAUCUUCUUGAUCAUAAUUAUAGUCUGCCAAAGAUCAACAAACUUAACCUCAGAGUUAUCAAUCACAAUUGUUACAAUAAUGCAACAUUAACAAAAAGAUAUUUUUCGAGAGCCCUAACCAACACUAUUACUACACUUCAAGAGAUUAAUCAUAAACAAAUUACAAGCAUCAAUGAAGAUAACAACAUUGUCAUAAAUGGUACCUCAGCAAUUUUACUACCAUCAAACUAUCGUAUCGUAAAGAAGCACAUGAUCUCCAACAACACAUUGGCAGUACUUGCAAAAAAUGAUUCCUUUGAUAUAGUAAUCUUCAACAUACAUAUACAACCACACAUGAUAAUCCGCACCAAUGAAACUCUUGAACACAUGGCUACACUCAUCAAUCUUUACAAAAACUUACCCAUCAUUGUAGCUGGAGAUUUUAACAGCGAAGCAAAAAUCUGGACUCCAAUUCAUCUAACAAAAAAAGAAUCCAUUCUAAGAUGUAAUAGAUGGAAAGGUGGUAAGAGAAUAGACAGAUGGCUAUCAAACCUGAACAAUAUCUUCACAUCUGUCUUUGAACCUGAGAUUGAGAACUACACAAGACCAGCUAAAGAGGAUGUAUCAUAUAUUGAUGCUAUCAUUCAUAAUAAUAAGAUUGAGAACACUUUCUGUAAACUCAUUGAUGAACCACUAUCUGAUCACAGAAUCCUGAUGGCUAAAUUCAGGGUUUCAAGCAACAACAAAAAACCCACAAUCAAAAGAAAAAUUAUAUUCAAAAGAACAAAGAUCAAUGAAGUAAAAAUAAAGAACAACAAACUUGAAAAACACAUAGACAAAGCCAUAAUUAACAUCUUAAAACACCCUAACAUACAUGGAAAAUGGGUAAAUCUCAACAACAUCAAAAGUAGAAGAUUCAAGAACUUAAGAAAAAAGGAGAAACUUGGUAACAAAAGAGCUACAGAAAUCAUCAAGAAUAAAAUUAACAAAUUUUCUAUCAAAGACAUUCUUAACAACUCCAAAUGCAGCAGGAAAAAAUGGCAAAUAAUAAACAAGUUCAUCAUUCAAACAUCCAGCCAGAUUGACAUUGAACAAGCAGUUCAAGACAAUGAUCUACUCCUGAAAAACAUCAUAGACAUUAUCUCAAAAUACAAGUACAGAACACCGAAGUUACAUGAUGAUGAUUUAAUUGAAAACAAAUCAGACAUCGGUCUUACAAUUGAAGAAACCAGAUCGUUGGAGAAAUAUAAGGCCAAAACAUCAUCAGGAAUUGCUGAUGACUUUUCAAUAAAACAAUGGAACAAAGUAUGGAUUGAAAACAAGUAUUACAUUAUCAAAAUCAUCGAUUUGAUUUUCCAAACAUAUCAAAUUCCCAAUCGAUGCAAAAUUUCUGGAAUCACUAUGCUGGUCAAACCUGAUGGUGUCUCUAUCAGACAAAUAAGGUUACAAUCUCAUUUCAUGAAAAUAAUAGACCAGAUUCUCACAACAAGACUUCAGAAAUACAUUCACUUACUGAUCAAAAACAAUCAAUUUGCAUACAUACCUGGAAGAAGUACAAUUGAUGCAAUUCUAACUAUUCAUAAAUUGCUGAAGAAAGAAGACAUCAUCAUCAAGAUCGACAUUACCAAAGCUUUUGAUAACAUCAACAAGAACAUCAUAUAUAACAGACUGAAAGGUGUAAUUGAUGACCAAACAUACAGUCUAAUCAGAAGUUUCUGUACUGACAGAUGGGCCAAAAUCAGAUUUAAACAUGAGAAUUAUUACUCAAGAGAUGAUACCGGGGUGCCACAAGGGUCAAGCCUUGGUCCUCUUUUAUAUAUUAUUGGGAUGGAACACGCACUUGACAUUUUGAAACGUAAAAACUUUAGACUUGUAGCCUAUGCGGACGAUGUGGCAAUAAUCGAAGAUUACAACAAAACGCUAACUGACCUUCCAUUUAUCUUAAAUGAGGUUAGAGAAGCCUUCCAUGAAAUAGACCUCAACAUCAAUGAGCAAAAAACUAUAAUACAAACGAGAAACCAAGAACAAAGCUUCAAUCUUGAAUACAUAUACAGAGAUAUCAAAAAUGAAGAAAAGAUUAAUUUCCUUGGCAUUAUGAUUGAAGAUAAAAUAAAUGAUGCUAUCAUUGAAGAAAUAGUAACGAAAGCCCUGAAACCCAUCAGACCAAACAUCAAUACAAUCAUAACCCUUCAAGCUAACGUAAGAAACAUUAUAUAUAAUGCUUUUAUAUCAUCCAGUGUAAGAAGUAUUAUUUUUCAAACCAUCAAAGAUUACAAACCUUAUAAUAAAUGCAGAUUCUUCCUAAACAUCAUCAAAACCAAUAGGGUAGUUGCCAGAACACUACAAUGUUCGGAAGCUGGACAUUGGACUCCUACCUUAAUCAUGGGAAUAACAAACCCAUGGAUCAAUGAAAUCCCUAAUUAUCUCACAGCCAUAAUAAGACACAAUGAACAACAAAACUUUGAUAUCAUCAAAGAUUUACAACUACAUGAAUAUCACCUCAACAACAAAUCAAUCCCUGAACUUGACAUGAAAAUCAGAAACAAAACUAAUAUCCACACCAACUCAUAUCAAAUCAUGAAUGGACACUCGAAUACAGUUGCAAUAAUAACAAAAAACAGAACCUUUGGCUAUGAAAUAGAAGGCUAUCUAUCCAUUCAACAUAAAAUCAUUACGGCUGUUGAAAUCAUGACCAACAUCAUCCUUCAAAACAAUGACAAUCACUUUCAUAUAAUAUUACCAUCCAUGCUUAAAUCCAAGAACCAACUAGAUGAAGUAAGAAAAAUACUUUACAAAAUUCAUAUUUUUAACUGGACCUGGGAAUGGGGUGAUAUGGGACAAUGCUUGGUCGCUAGUCUUGGACUAAUACGAGCAGUCGUGCGAGAAUCGGACGUUAGAAGAAUAGCCACGAGAAACUUUAAAAAUCUACUCAUUUGUCACAUGAGAAUGGAAAACAACACGAUCAUCAACUUUAACCCACAAUUCAAACAACGGACACUCAACUACAUAGGAAGGAACAGACCGAGAUACCUUAUUGACCUUCUACAGAAUAUCACGAGACUAAAAUCAAGAACCAAAUGCUGCAAUUGUACCAAAGCUACUAUCAAUCACUAUCUUUUCGAAUGUCCAACCAUGAAAGACCUUUUCUUAACAAACAAUCUUAACAUCUAUAGCUCUCACAAGAAUCAAUGUAAUAUCAUCAAAUCACUCGAAAAUGUCCUUGACAAACUAACCCAUAUUUACUCCAAUAACCCUAACAGAAACCCUAACAGCAAAUUUCAAAUCUCAAAUUAUACAAAUUUUGUUAAAAACUGGAAUCAAAAUACAAUGUAAAAUUACAAACUUGGCGGUGAUGCCUUUCCAGGGGGAGCCUGGAUAUACAAAUCCUUGUCUCCCUAGCUACUCUCCGGAAACGGAAAGUUGGCAACACUUGUUUAAGACAACUUCCUAACAGAAGCA